AUGGAUUCGGCGUCUCCGCCGGGCCAUAUCAACUCUCCGAUGAGAGCUGAAAAUGAUCGGAAGGAGGUUCAAGGGUUGGAUUCGUUGAAGAAGGGUUUAGAGGUGGAUCAAGUGAGAUCGGUAGAUUCGAAGGGAGCUUCCUGGGUUGAGGUGGCUCAGGAGAAGAAAGUUCUGAAGAAGUACGAUGUUGAGGUAUCGAGCAAGGAUGGCAUACACAAGGUGGAGAUUCCGGAUGAGGUCUUGGAGAAUUCUACUCCGCUUUGGGAAGAUUUUGUUGUUGGCAAAUUUUUGGAUCUAGCUUUUCACGUUGCUAAGGUCCAUAUGGUUCUUAACAAGAUUUGGAAGUAUGGUGACUCUACAACAAAAGUGGAUGUCUAUGAGGUCAAUCCCACAACGAUGAGAUUCAAGGUCUCGAGCCAAAAAGCUAGAGAAAAGAUUUUUCGUCGGGGUAUGUGGAACAUCGCAUGCGUUCCAAUGGUUGUCACAAAAUGGACACCGAGAUCUGAGGAAGAGAAACGGGAAGAGGAAGCGAUUCCUAUGUGGGUGCAUUUGGAGAAGGUUCCACUCCAUAUGUACUCAUGGGAAGGGAUCAGUUUCUUCACAAGUACGGUGGGUUAUCCGGUAAAGCUACAUCCAGAAACCAUUGCUUGUACGAAUCUAGAAGUGGCGAAGGUGUUUGUGAAAGUGGAUGUCUCUAAGCUUCUCCCGAAAAAAAUCACUUUCUCAAAGGAUAAGAAGCAAUUUUCAGUGAAGUACUAUUACCCUUGGUUGCCGGCUAGAUUGUCUGAGAAGGAAGUUGUACCAGAAGUGGAAAGUAAUGAGGAAAUAAAUAGUCUGUCUAUGGUAGAAGAAAGUAUGCAGAGUGAAGAUAAAAUUGAGAGAGUUAGUAACGGAGUAAUGGAACAUGAGGAGGGCAAAGGUGGUGGGGAGAAAGUGAAAGCAUGGUCGCUAGUCUCUCCGGGAAAAAUAGGAAGAAUGUAUGUGUCACCUACGAAUGAUUCUGAGAUUCAGAUAUCUGCAUCUAAAUUCUCGAUUCUGCGUAUGAAUGAAGAGGAAGAGGGGGAGAUAAUAUCUGAUGAACAACGCCAGGAAGAUACUGAAAUGGAUGAUGAGGAUCUGAUAGAAGAAAAUGUUCUGGAGCAGCAAGUUAGAGAGGAGGUCAAAGCAGGGAGAAGAGGUCAGAAGGCUAAGCCUCUGGAUGCAAAUCCAGUUAAAAGCAUAAGCAAGGCUUGGAUCAUUGUAGGUGAUUUUAAUGAGAUUCUGGAUGCUACGGAGAGUUCGGGUUUUGAUAGUCAUGGUAGAAUAUCAAGUGGGAUGAGAGAUUUUCAAAGGAUGGUUGUGCAUUGUAAUCUCUCUGAUAUGGGGUAUCAGGGUCCUUUGUUCACAUGGUCUUUGUUGAGAUUUCCAAAUGCGUACUCAGUCUUCGAAUCUGGUGGCUGUUCUGAUCACAUGCGAUGUAAGAUUCAAGUUCUUCCUCCCAAAGAAAAGAUGAAAAGGCCUUUUAAGUUCUCGAAGAAAUUAAAGAAUCUGAAGCCGGUUAUUAGAGAGCUAGGAAGGGAGAAACUGGAAAAUCUUACAAAGAAACCUAAGGAAGCUCAUGCUAUCUUGUGUGAGAAGCAGAAAGCUACUCUUAUUAGUCCAAGUAAUAUCUCUAUCCAAGAGGAAGCGAAGGCUAUGAGAGGUGGCUCUUUGUUGCGGGCACAGAACUCUAUUCGAGAGAUAAGAUUUCAUGAUGGUAGUAUUGUUACAAAUCAGUCUGAAGUCAAAGCUGAAGCAGAAAGGUUUUUCUCAGAGUUUCUUAACCAGUCUCCUGAUAAUUAUGAGGGCACCUCUACUGAAGAGUUACAAGAGAUGAUGGAUUUUCGUUGUUCUGUGGAGGAUUGUAGAAUGUUGGAAAAGGAGGUUACAGAGGAGGAGAUCUGUAGGGUGCUGUUUGAUAUGCCAUCAAACAAGUCUCCUGGUCCAGACGGUUACCCAAGUGAAUUUUUUAAAAUUACUUGGCCGAUUCUUGGACAAGAUUUCACAGUUGCUGUCCAGUCAGUAUUUCGAUAUGGAUUCCUCCCCAAGGGAGUUAAUUCGACGAUAUUGGCUUUGGUCUCCACGAAAACAGACUCAAUGGAGAUGAGAGACUAUAGACCUACAGCAUGUUGUAAUGUUCUCUAUAAGGUGGUGUCGAAAAUACUCGCCAACAGACUCAAGCUGCUUCUCCUGAGAAUCAUUACAGAGAAUCAGUCAGCUUUUAUAAAAGGGAGACUCCUUAUGGAGAAUGUGCUUCUUGCAUCAGAACUAGUCAAGGAUUAUCAUAAAGAAGAUGUCUCUCCUAGAUGUGUGAUGAAGAUAGACAUCUCAAAGGCAUUUGACUCAGUACAGUGGGCUUUUGUACUGCAGAUUCUGGAGGCAUUGGGAGUUCCUGAGAAGUUCAUUUGA